GACCGACCCAUCCGAGCUACGGAAAUAAGGCCUAAAAAAACCUGCUGGCUUUGUUAAUGUGGACGUUAUUCGACGCCUCAACCCGAAUCCCGAGCCGACACCCCUACAUAAUCUAGCAGUGUGGAGGGCGACCCAUUCUAAUGAUAAGCAUAUGGGAUAUCUGAUUGGGUCCAAGUCGUCAAUUAUCUCGAUGUGGUAUCAUUCAGGUCCUAGUAGAAUUUGUAGGUUGCUGACAUCCGCUCCUGAGUGUGCCGAUGCUAGUGGAUAUGUACGUACGUAAUAUAGCGCAUAGCUCUCAACUUCCAGCUGGUAGCCAAAAUCUCUUCAUGAAUUCGUCAGAUGAAGCGAUCCUCACGUAGCUAUCGCAAAGAGAAUGGAAGAGAAGGCCGAGAAACCGACUACACAUGCCCCUGACUCGGACGCAGAUGCGGCGCUCUCUGCCCUUCAGAAAGUCGAGUUUAGUAGCGCAUCUCACCCCAUUCACUGGAGUUCAAUAAAGAAAUGGCCCAUCAUCGCCGUCUACUGCUUGCUUCAAGUAUUCGUUACCCUCUCGACCACGACCUACGUCAGCGCCGAGUUUCUCGUCCAGGAGAAGUAUGGCGGGUCUACUCAAGUAGUAGCUCUUGGUCAGAGCAUGUUCAUCGUAGGGACAGCUGUCGGGCCAGUAUUUUUAGGUCCUCUAUCUGAUAUCGGAGGACGAAAAUGGAUUUAUGUGGUGUCCAUCGGCGUCUAUGCGAUCCUGAACAUCGGCACGGCAUUGGCGCGCAACUUACCGAUGCUGAUCAUCUUUCAAUUCCUCUGCGGAGUUGCCGGGAGCACGGCUCUCUCCAACGUAGCUGGCACUAUUGCUGAUCUCUUUGGCAAUUUGGAUGGAGCUGGCCAGCCCAUGGCGCUGUUCGUGAUGUCGGCAAAUUAUGGUCCAAGCAUAGGCUCUCCUAUUGGAGAACUAAUUACUGAGAACGAGCACCUAGGGCUGCCGUGGAUAUUCUGGAUCAACGUCAUCAUCGCUGGUGGUUUUACCAUCAUCAUGUGCUUCAUUCCAGAAACACUACCGCGGGUCGUUAUUAGUAAAGCGGCCAAGGCACACAAAUCGUCGGAUCCAACUGAGCUCGUUGUUAUGGAAGAACGUAUUGACGUCCUUCGGGAAAUGCGGUUUGUCACCUCGAUGGCGUUUCGCAUUAUGCUGACGGAGCCCAUCGUCACUUUCUUGGGCAUCUACAAUGGAUUUGCUUAUGGGCUGCUCUACUUAUAUCUAGAUGGAGUAUUUGAUGUCUUCGUAGUUAAUAACGGGCUAUCGUAUAUGUCAGCUGAUUUGACAUAUCUUAAUUUCGUCGUCAGCGUAACUAUCAUGUUCGCGUUUGUGCCAGUUCAGACCUGGUUUUACAAGCGCGACCGUAUGAGGAACGGUGGUAUCGGUCGCCCAGAAGCGAGAUUCUUGACUUCGCUCUUAUUCGUCUGGGGCUUCCCGAUAUCCCUCCUAUGGUUCGCUUUUACCUGUGACGGAAGCGUGUCGUUUUGGUCGCCCGUAAUAGCAGGUGGUCUGCUGGGCUUCUGUGACCCGUUACUGUGGCUCAGUAUGCUUAAUUAUAUCGCUGAUUCAUAUACCAAUGUUGCUGCGUCGGCGAUAGCUGCAUUUUUGAUACCAUCUUUUCUGAUUGCGGCUGCCUGUUGCCAUAUAGGUAUCGUCAUGUUUCAUGAUAUGGGUGCUAAGUGGGCGAUGGCGACGUUAGGUUUCAUCUCAUUUGGCCUUGUAGCAUUGGUCUAUGUCUUAUACUUUUUCGGUGCGAGAAUUCGAGCUUGGUCGAAGUUGGCUAGGAAACACUGAGGAUAGAGCAUAUAUGUCACGGUUAGGGAGGGUUUGGUAGUCUAUGCAAGACUAAUAUAAAUUUUUGGUGUGUAUGAGAUUAAACCGACUUGUGAAUCCAUGCAGUUGAAUUUACCUAGG